GGGAAAGACAAACAGAAGAAGAAACUCAAUGUGUUGUGCAAGUUUUAUUAAACAACAUUUGCACACGGUAACAAUGUGAACAGUUUUAUAAUUCAUGCUGGAAAACAUUUAAGACAUUCAGCAUAAUGUCCAAGCGCAAGAGAAAUCUGGGCAUGAGAUGUGUGUUAUUUCCAGACGAUGUGAACGAAGCCUUCAGAAAGAGCAGAAAAGAAGCUGCCAAAACCUCCACGCCAGCCGCAAAGGCCUGGAAGAGAUGUGGGGACAGUUUUCUGGACACGUCUGUCAUCCAGAAUCUACAAACAUCAGAGAAGAAGAUCAGAGAUAUUCGUAAAGUGAUUCAGACACAUGUCACUGGUAAUGAAGAGGCGGGCACAGAUGAGCCAGUGCACAUCGCCUGGAGCUCCAGUGAGGAGGAAGACUCAGAUGGUGAUAAUCUUCCUCAGUCGACUGUAACACAGACAACACAAACAUCCAGAGCUCACAAACAACAUCAUCUUGAUUAUUACAGGAGCCUGCGGAUGCUCAGCGCUGGUGUGGACACGGAUGACCUGCCGUCUAUUGAUUCGGACAGUGAGGUUGAAGAAGAGGAGUCCACUUCAAAAGACCAAACUGACUUUGUAAUCCCUGCUGCAUCUCCAGCUGAGAUCUCGGUCUACUCCUCGAACGAUGAUGAAGAUCCAGAGGAAAACACAACAGAUUAUUCUCUUCUGGACCCGGCCGAGACCAGCAGACAGUCGGUCAGCGAGUGGGUCCGAUCUGCUCAGGCGAUACUUCAGACACCUCAGAAACAAACCACCAAAACCAUUAAGACCCCAGAGGACUCCAGUAAGAAGAGCAGGAAGUUUGAAAGAGGAGGUCUUGCUGAAAAGCUGAACCGACUCCACAGCAGGCAAAGAUCAGCCAUAAGCUUCUGGAGACAUCGGUGCAACUCAAGCACAUCUGCCGCUGAUAGGCCUGGGGUACUGACGCUGAGGAUUCUGGGUGUUCGGGAAGAAUGUGGCAUGCAGGCCGCUGUGUGUGACAGACUGCCGGAGAAUGAGAAGUAUGUAGCGAUGUUCAGCAAGGACACGGCCGCUCAACUGCAGCCUACACCUGGAGACAUCGUCCACAUCUAUCCACCCUGGCAAAAUCUUGUUGUGGAGGGACAGCUCUAUCCAAUAAUACUCAACACACAUUUCAGUCAGAAGGUUUGCGUGGAAACAGAUAAUUCUGACCCUCCAAAAUCCGUGGCUUCUGUGGAGAAAUGCAGACCACCAGAGUUAACCAGGUGUCUAUGGAGGUCAGAGAGGAGUCGAGUGUCAAACAAGCAACCAUUCAAUUCUGAACAGCCUCAGGUCUCAGAGUUAUCCUGCUCGGGCCGUAGGGGAGUUAGGGACUCUCUGCUGGACGCGGUGGAGGAUUGUGGGUCCCCGGGGUCUCAAAGUGGACCCGUUGAAGUGGUGGUUCAAAGGGUCUACUGUAUACCCAUCAACCGCUCUGACAGAGCUUCUUUACAUCUCAGAACGUCGGAUAAAUCUCCAUCACGACCAGAAUUAUCAUCGCGCAUCGGCAGGUUAUGUGCUGUUGUUCAGGAUGGCUAUGGGAUGUUUGGUGAUGUUUUGAUGCAGUACGUGUCCUCGGAUGCUGAGGUCCAGCAGAUUUCUGAGCAGGUGGAAGGGAAAGUUUGUGUCCUUCAGGGCCUGCGGGUAAUUCAGCGUCUAACUCGUGACAGAUGUUCUUCGCUCUUCAGCAUGAUUGACAGUUUGUGGCCUCCACUGGUUGCCCCGAAAUCUCAUAAAGAUCUUCUGCAGUCUCCCAGCGGUGGACUCCCACCACCUAGUUUUUGCUAUAGGUUGAGCGUCCAGCAGGGUCACAUGGUUCCUUUGUCAGGACAGACUGUGUCACCUUUAUAUCGAUCACCUGUAUUACAGACACUAAGAGAAAUCAUUCAGGAUGACUCUUCAAAGCAUCGUUGCAGCUUUCGAGCCACUUUAGUUCAUAAACAAUUUCUGAGCUUGAAUGCGGGUGAAGGUGAGAUGUUACUGUUUGUGACAGAUCCCAGUCUUCAAACAGAUCCACACACUAAUAGCGUUAGGAAAACUGUACCCGUGUGUCUGAGCCCGUCCUGUCUGAUCCGGAGAUCGGUAAAACAGGCCCUGGAUAUCUCGCAGGAUCGACUCAUUCUGACUUUCAGAGACGCCGUGAAGGAACAGGGUCAAAUAUUUUGUGUGGAGCAGACGUUGAUCCAACUGGAACCAGAAGACGUGUCCUUCUGCAUUCCCCGGCCUAUAAUACUCGACCAGCUGUGUCCAGAAACCUCCCUGUAUUCUCUCUGCACUCUCACAGGUGUUAUUACAGAAGUGGACGAAAGCACAGCGUUCUCUUGGCCCGCCUGCAGUCACUGUGGGAGUAGCCGUUUAGAGACGGCUCAAGAUAAACAGGAAGGAUUUCACUGUUUAAUGUGUGGAACAACGAUGGACGAACCAACCACAAAGAUGCAGCUCGAUGUGUUUCUUAACUGUCCAUCACUGAGAAACUGUACGGUCAAAGUCAAGUUGCAACAAAAGACCAUCAGCUCUCUCCUGAACUCAACAAUAAACGCUGAAGGUUACACGGUGGAAAGUGUUCUUGGGACAGAGAUCGGACCUCUGAGUGCCCUGGUCCAUGUCAUCAGACGAAGUCACAGUGUUUGGAUGGGUUUGGAGGAGUUAACCAUUUGACCUGCUUAUCUGUUUCAAAACCCAAGAUAGUAAUCAAUCAGCAUUGGUCUGUUUUACCUCCAAAGUGAUAUAAAAAACAUAGACACAAAUAAAGAAGACUUUGUUUCAUAAGCUGUCCACACUUCAUAGAGUUUUUGAAAGUUGAAUGUUUGUAUAAAAGAUACUACUGUUGUAUUUUUUGUUUUAAAUGCCUGACCUCUUAUAUGCUUUAAAGUCUGUAAAGCAAAGAGUCGCUGCUAGCCAUUUAAUGGUGAUGUUUAGAUUAAUUUAUUUGUUAAAAAAACUUAAAUGUUUUUUAUCUUGUCUCUUUGAUGGCUUAAUAUUGACAUUCAACACUAUAAAUAAAGUGUUAUGCCACCA